CUUCACGGGCAGCCUGUUUUCGCUUCGCCUGUGGGAACAGAUAGAGUAGAUUUCGGCUCCUGGGGAGGCGUGGAGCUCAGUAUUUCUUACUCAGUGUUAGAACGCGUCUCUUUCUCCUCGUUUUCCAUCUAGGGGCCCAAGGGAGGCCUUGCUCACGCCCACUUGGGCCGGCAUCUGCUGGAGCCACCCUCGCCGGCCGCUCCUGGUCGGGCCAGCCGCUGCGAGGCCCCUCCCCGCGGUCCUGCGGGUGUCAUUGGCGAAUGACCCGAGCCGCCGGAGCCUGUACCUGAGCCGCGAUCAUGACUUCUGGCUGUGCGGGCCUCGCUGCCGCCGCCCGUCUCCUGGCGCGCCCCUUUCUCCUGAAGCAGAAUGGAGUCCGGCAUUGCGCCUACACUGCCUCGAGGAAAAAUCUCUACAUCGAUAAAAACACAAGGAUUAUUUGCCAAGGUUUCACUGGCAAGCAGGGUACCUUUCACAGCCAGCAGGCGCUGGACUAUGGCACGAACUUAGUCGGAGGAACAACGCCGGGGAAAGGAGGCAAGACGCAUCUGGGCCUGCCUGUCUUCAACACUGUGAAGGAGGCCAAGGAGCAGACCGGAGCCACGGCGUCCGUGAUCUACGUCCCUCCUCAGUUUGCUGCCGCUGCGGUGAAGGAGGCGGUGGAGGCCGAGAUGCCCCUCGUCGUGUGCAUCACAGAAGGGAUCCCCCAGCAGGACAUGGUGCGCGUCAAGCACGCCCUGAUGCGCCAGGGGAAGACCAGACUCAUCGGCCCCAACUGUCCCGGAGUCAUCAACCCUGGGGAAUGCAAAAUCGGCAUCAUGCCUGGCCACAUUCACAAGAAAGGAAGAAUUGGUAUUGUGUCUAGAUCUGGUACCCUGACCUAUGAAGCAGUUCAUCAGACAACUCAAGUUGGCCUGGGCCAGUCGUUGUGUAUUGGGAUUGGUGGCGACCCCUUUAAUGGAACAGAUUUUAUUGACUGCCUCGAUGUCUUUCUGAAAGAUCCAGCCACAGAAGGUAUCAUCCUGAUUGGCGAGAUCGGUGGCAAUGCUGAAGAAAACGCAGCAGCAUUUUUGAAAGAACACAAUUCAGGUCCGAAUGCCAAACCUGUUGUGUCCUUCAUUGCCGGCCUGACUGCUCCUCCAGGAAGGAGAAUGGGUCAUGCUGGGGCCAUCAUUGCCGGGGGCAAAGGGGGAGCGAAGGAGAAGAUUGCCGCCCUCCAGAACGCCGGGGUGGUCGUCAGUAUGUCCCCUGCCCAGCUGGGCAGCACCAUAUACAAAGUGAGUGCCCUGGGCCACUCAUGUAGUGACUCUAGAUUGCUGCGCUUAGCAGCUGGGCCCCUUUGGCCUUGGAAAACCAGCGUUUUCUCUCCUUAUCUAAUCCCUUUUCUCCCAUUCAGGUACCAGUUAGUUCAUUGAGGUUGAGGAUGCCAUUAACAUUCUGGUCGGGCAUGACCACAAAUAAUUUCUGAGCACAGAUUGUGUGGGACCCGGGUUUGCCCGUUGGCAUAGGAGGCUGCGAGAUAGGAGGCCCCAAGAGAGCCCCACAGACUCCUCGCCAAGGGUGGACUCCUGGGGGGCUGCAGACAGCUGAAAGGAGUCAGAAAGGGCAUCCCAGGGGUCAUAGAUGUCAGUCUGGAUGGGACCUCAGAGGUCAUCUAGUCAGUUUUCUGGGUGAGGAGAUCGAGGAUUAGCUAAGUUGAAUGGCUUGGUCAAGAUGCUGAGCAAGAGUGUGGGAGUGGGGCUGGGCACUGACCUGCAGGGAGCUUCCUCCGGCCCCCUUGGCAGGCUGCUGGCCGUUGAGCCCUGCCUGGAGGUUAGAUGCUGUCGUUAGCCUAGCGGAGGGCGUUUGAGGGAGAAUGGCAGAGGGCAGAGGCGCAGACCUGGCAGGGAGGCAGAGGUUACUUCUGGGCGGAUGGCCAUAGAUUUUCACUUUGUGUUGGAGUGUGACAGCGAGUUAAGUGUCAGCACUCGAUGGGCUUGGUGGUGAUGAGGAGGAUUCCUGUCGCCAUCAUCUGCCUUGGGAGGCUCUUCUCUUUGCUGCCAGGGCUCUGGUUUCCUUAUGGGUGUUCUCAGGCUCUUGUUUUUUUCUCUCUUCCUCAGAACCCUGGGCUGUAAAAGGUCCCAAGGAGCCUGACUUGCCAGUGUUCCCUGCCCGCUCUGUUCUAGUGAGGGGAAGGCAGGAGCCUCUGGGUGGGGAGCCUUUUCCAUAAUAUUCUGAGAACAGCCUGGACUGUUUCUCUAGGGCCUUGUACACAGUAGAGGCUUAAUAAAUGAUCAGUCCCCGAGUUUUAGCUGUGGUCAAGGCAAGCCAGGGGUAAAAGCCUUUUUUAAGGCUAACUUGAUUCUCUUUCUUGACCUUGUCUAUGGGCGAGAGUGAAAUAAUCUCUGGUUUUCCUGUCGUCCUGCCAAACAGGCUUCUAUUGAUUGUCACCCUGUUUCAGAGGGACCUUGAUGGUUAGAGAGCAGUCGAAGGGACAGAGUCUAUGGGAGGGGAUGGGGGGGGGGGAGGAAGGAAGCAGAGGAAGGAGGGAGAGAGAGAGGGAGGGAGGAAGGAAGAAGAAGGGAGGGCUGGCCUCCUGGCCAUGCUUGAGCCAGUGACAGAGCCUGUGCUAUCAGCUUGCUCCAGCAGGUGGCAGCAGAAGCCUUGGGAUUUCACAGGCUUCGCCUUCCCAUGGAUGUCCAUGAAAAGCAAUUUCCGAGCCUCCCUUUGAAGUGUUUUCCUCUAGCCUGGAGGAAAUCUGAAUUUUGUUUUGCCCCCUGGCGUGCUUCGCUCACCUGACUGGGACUAGUGAGGGCCAGUCACUUGUCACCUCAAAAAGGCCCCUCCGUCUAGCAGGUGCAGGGAGAGGGGGGCUGACAGGGCGGCGUGGGGCGGAGGCUGCAGCUCCUCCCUGCACUUUGGCUCUGAAGGCCCUGGCGGUGAGCCGGUUCUGAAUCCUGCUGGCCGGGCGCUCACUCGGGUCUCUGUGUCUCUUCUUUUCCCUCCCCAUUCUCCUGUCUCUGAAGGAGUUUGAGAAGAGGAAGAUGUUAUGAAAGUGAGAGAAAAGCCUUGGAAUGAAUCACUGUAGAAAUGUGAACCAGCAAUUGCCGGCACCCGCAUAGCUGUUGUCUACUCGGCGUCUGCCUCACGACGGCCUCCCUGUGUGGCAGGAAGCUCGGGGUGACCUCCGGGUCGGCCUCCAUUCAGAUGUAUUUUCCUGAUUGUAUAUCAGAGUCAUAAUAAAUCUUUUAUUUGAUUGGAA